CACUGAUUGGCAUUGAUAGGUGGCACUGACUGGCACUGAUGGGUGACACUGAAAGGCAGCUCAGAUGGACACUGAUAUGUGGCAUUGAUGUGCACUGGUAGGCAUUGAUAUGUGGCAUUGAUGUGGCACUGUUCAGCACUGACAGCUGGCAUUGAUGGACACUGACAGGUGGCACUUCUGGGGCCACACUGAUCAUCAGGGCACACUGAUCAUCAGUGCCCUGAUGAUCACUGUCAGCGUGACAGCUCGUGAGGAGAGAAAUGCCGAUAACCGGCAUUUCCCUGUUUACAUGUGAUCAGCUUUGAUUGG